CGGAGCCAGCGGCGGCGGGAGAGCGGCAGGGCAGGGCGGCAGCGGCAUGGCUUCGUCGCAAGGGAAGAACGAGCUGCGCUUCGCUGACUGGAUGGCAGCUCUGCCGGCCGGCGUCCACCGCACGCCGCUCACCAACCUGGCCAUCCCGGGGUCUCAUGACUCAUUUAGCUUCUAUAUCGAUGAAGCCUCUCCAGUCGGGCCUGAGCAGCCAGAGACGGUCCAGAAUUUUGUGUCUGUGUUUGGGACUGUGGCUAAAAAGCUGAUGAGGAAGUGGUUGGCUACCCAGACCAUGAACUUCACCAGCCAGCUGGGGGCAGGUAUACGGUAUUUUGACCUUAGAAUUUCCACCAAGCCCAGAGACCCAGACAACGAACUCUACUUCGCUCAUGGUUUAUUCAGUGCCAAAGUCAAGGAGGGUCUGGAAGAGAUCAACGCGUUUCUGGCUGACCACCCAAAAGAAGUGGUCUUCUUGGACUUCAAUCACUUCUAUGGGAUGCAGAAAUACCAUCAUGAAAAGCUCGUCCAAAUGCUCAAAGACACGUAUGGAAACAAAAUGUGUCCUGCUAUAUUUGCCCAUGAAGUCAGCCUCCAGUACCUGUGGGAAAAGGAACACCAAGUGCUGGUGUUCUACCACAGCCCAGUGGCUCUCGAGGUACCAUUUCUUUGGCCAGGCCAGAUGAUGCCAGCUCCUUGGGCAAACACAACAGAUCCAGAAAAACUGAUUCAGUUCCUCCAGGCGUCAAUCACUGAGAGAAGAAAGAAGGGCUCCUUUUUUAUAUCUCAAGUAGUGCUGACACCAAAGGCUAGUACAGUGGUGAAAGGGGUUGCUAGUGGUCUCAGAGAAACGAUCACAGAAAGGGCUCUUCCUGCCAUGAUGCAGUGGGUCCGAACUCAGAAACCAGGAGAAAGUGGUGUGAAUAUUAUCACAGCAGAUUUUGUAGAACUUGGUGACUUUAUCAGCACAGUCAUAAAGCUCAACUAUGCCCUGGAUGAAGGUGAAGAUGACACUACUUGAUAGUACUGUAAAGUGUGUGUUGUUAAGUUAUUUAGAAUUUAAAAGAAAAGAUUGUGUUUUAAAAAAAUUAUCUUGUGAAACACUGAUCUUCCUUUAACAUGCUGAGGUGUUUAGGGCUUUAGUGGGUGGACGUAGGGGAAGUGUUUUAAUUAAUUAUUAUAAUUUUUUACAUUUGUGUUUCAUGUGAAGAGCAAAACUACAUAUAUUUACAGUGUUUCAUAAAAGAAGGCCAUUUAAAUGUUUUCUGUGAGGUACCAAAUGUGAUUCAUGUGUCUUCUCUGGUUAUGAACAGUGCCAAGAAAUGUGCUGCUUUUAGAGCAAGGGGAUGUGUAUUGCCCUUUGCCUGCCCACAGCAGGAUUCCUAAAGGUGUGAGCUUUACACCAGGAGACUAAGGACAGUAUAUCUGACCUGAAAAUUCUAAGCUGCUGCACUUCAUCUAUUAGGCAGUUUAACUGAUUGUAUUUAUAAGUGAGAUACAGGUUUAAAUGCCUUUGUGAAGUAAAUCUGAAGUCAUGCCUCUAACACACGCAUAUUUAGUGGACAGAAAACAUCAUGCGUUAUACAGCUCUCACAGGGCACAGACUAAAUCCUGCUUGCUUUUCAUUCUCAAACUGGGGUUUUCCAGUGUCUCUGCCACAGGUCAAGUCAGCAGAUGGAUGGUUCUGGCCUAGCCCUGCACUAGGAGCUGCCAGUGCAUAUUUUACCUGGUUCUAGCAGGAAAAAAGUUAGGCCAGCCUGGAGCACCACUCACUCCCAGGGUUAAUCUUAUCUAAGCACCUGAUCCAAUGUCCACCAAAGUUAAUAGGAAAAUUUCCUACAUUUAGCAUGGAUUUGGCAUAGGAUGAGUAAAUUGUGUCUGUUGUAUGGUGGCCAGAAUUUUGUCCCAUGGUAGAAACCUGCUUUCUGCAGGACUAAAACUGCACUUAAAAAAAUAAACCAACCAACCAACAAACAAAAACACCAGAAAAAAAACCAAUGCAGUCUAAGCUUCUCUUUAAGGCAGCUAUGAACACAACACUUCUCUGCUGAUUACAAAAACAAUCAGUGCCAGUUUCAUCAGUGAAAAAUUGUACUAGAGGUUAUAGUAAUUCAGCUUCUAGCUAAUAAAAGUGCUUGAUAGUCCUUAAAUUGUUUAUGGGGUAUUAUAGCAAGUAACACAAGGUUGGAAGCCUAUUGAAGGGCACUGUUCAGCAGCAGAAUGGCUGGUCACCCUGCUUUUAAUGAAACAUAUAAAACUCAAGUGUAUGGAAAACUUAAUGAGUUACAUGAUUAGAGCAUUGCCACUGUAUGACACCCAACUGGGUACAAUGCAGCCUGUCAUAUAUUCUGGAUACAUCAAUGCACAGGCACACAACUUUGGCAAGAAAACAUUUCAUUUUCAAAAAAAAAAAAAAAGAUGCUAUUAUGUCUUAUAAGGAAAAUGCUCUUUGAAAUAUUGCAGUGCUUUAUGGAAUCAGACUAAGGUCAAGUUUCCAUUGAUGUUAGUAGAACUUUUUGUUGAGUGAGAAGAAUGGCAUCGUAUGGUCUUUUGCUAUUUUCUGUCAAAUAAUGGCUACCAUCUACCAUCAGAGUUUAGAAAAAGAAGAAUGGUCCUAUCAAACAGGUGGAUUAUGAGGGGCCAUAGGGGUUUAUUUUGUUUUUAGUAUAGGAAGAGGUGGAAUAAAAUUAACACUUGCCUCUCUUUUGUAGUGAGAGGAUGCCUUGGAAAAAGUGUGUGUGUACACUAUAAAGAAUCAUUUAAGUGUGUGUGUACUAUAAAGACACAUUUAAAUGUACGUAAAUGACAUAAAGACAUCCAUGGAAACUUGCAUAAUGAUAUUCUGCAUUCUGCAUUCUGGACAGGAGUAUUAUAGAUUUGGUUGAAAAAAACUGUGCAAGUGUUAUGAAGUUAUGAUGCCUCCUUCAGUAGCAAUUUUUUCUCUAUAGGUUGGGACUGUAAGAGUCAUCCACAGUGAAACCUGAGAUCUAAGCCAGUUAGGUUUUUUACAGUGUUAAAACUUUACCCAGACUUCCCCAAAAAUUUACCAAGAGACAAAGCCAAUCUUCAUAUUGAACGAGGGGUAGGACUCUAGUGCUUUCAUCUACAUCUAAGCAAGGCAUGGGGUGUGUUGAUGCAUUUUGUUUCCGAUUUUCACAGGAUCUUCAAGUGAAACUCAUGUAACAGACACAUGAAAUGAAACAUGAGCAUUUUUUUUUUUUUUUUUUUAACCCACCCUAUGUGGGUGUCCCACAUAGAAAUGUGAAAGUGUUUGCUUAUUUAUUGGCAAUGUGGUGUGAAAUGCUCUUUUAAUUUUUCUGUCUAGCUGGGUUUGUUUGCUUCCAGAUGCUCCCUGUUGUCCUUCAGCCACUUAAGUGUAGUCAACAGAGUUAGCCUGUUGUUUGAAUGCAGUAAAGUAAUCUGAAUACUUGGGUGGAGCAGAAAAUAGAUUUCUUACUUGUUUUCUGAUUGAAAUUCUAUUGAAUCUGAAGGCACCAAAACCACUGAGUUCCUCCUGGGAUCCUUCACUGAAACACACACCAAAUACACUGAGCUUUUCACUUAUGCAGAGGUGUACUCAAAGCAGCUGUUCUGCUGUAUUUAAGUAAAAUGUGUGUGUGCCUGUAUAUAUCACUAUAUAUGGAGCUAUCUUGAGGUUGUUAGCAUUGUUAUGAAAUGUUUGUUUAGUGUCAGUUUUAUUCUAAUUGUCAUUUGGGUGCUGGAAAAUAGAAGCAUAGCAAAAAAAGAAUAAAUCCUCUAACAGGAAGGAUAAUAGACAAAUAAUACAGUUUCUCCAUUAGUGGGGGAAAAAAAAUCUUAGGAAAAUGUUACAUUUGGUCAGAAAAAUAUAUGUUUUCAUUUAGCUGUCAGUCUCCUUUCUUUUGAGAAAGCACAGCACUUUGUUAGAAACAGGUAAACAAACUUGCCUUAAUUUCUAAAACAAAAAAGUGUGUGGGGGGAUCAUACUAUCCACGCUUUUCUGGGGAUUUCAGCUGCAAGGACCCAAAACUGUAAUUGAACUGUCCUGAUAGGCAUGGACUCCAUAUUGGCACUGUUUGGGAGAUGUUGCCAGAAAAGAACAAGCCAGAAGGAACUAUGCAGCAUAACUGGACCAUUUGAGAGCCCAGUUUUGCCACUCGUGUGCAGCUAAAACUCUUCAUGAUUUCAAAAGAAACGUGCUUGUGAAGUUGGGUCAGAUGACUUGUCUGACCUCAUUCGUUUGGAAGGUAUCUACAGAUGCACUAUGAGGAAUCCAGCAUGGGAAAUUAGAUGACUGUAAUCAGCCCAUCAGAGGAAAAAUGCCUGUCUACACUAUUGAUCUUCAUAGGCAUCUGUUUACUCAAACUGUCUUGUCAUUCUCCACCAAAACAUUUUUUUUAUUCCUGUGCUCAUUUUCCCCUGUACUCUGUUCAUUGUAUACACAUCAAGUAGUAUUGUUUUCUGGCAUUUUAUGUGAUUACUUGAUCCUUUCUUUUCAGUCAUCCUUGAAAAAUUGUGACCAUGCUACACAACGCAGGCAGUGUCUCAGCUGUUGUAAACCUGCCUGACUCCAUUUUUCAGUUUACUCAAGCUGAGGUGUCUUUGUUCAGUGUGAUCCAACCUGCAGCGAUUUGGACCAAAGAGCAGCUGGUCCUGGGGUCUAAUUCCUGCCUUGUGUGGAGAGGGGUAGGAACAGAUUCAGACCACAGGAGCCUAGUUUUAAAAUUAGUGGAUUAUUUGCAUUUACUUGCUGUUGGUUACAUUACUGUUUUUGUAGUUCCUGCCAUUUCAAACCAUUCUUCUGAACAUACCUGUGUGCAUAUAUAUAUGCAUACGUACGGGAGAGGGAAUGGAUGAUCCUGUAUGCUUAGCCAAGUCUUUCUGUUAUUCUGAUACAAAUCCAGACCAUUUCAAAGCAGUUACUAAAGUUUUACCCUGGGAUGAGUGGGAGCACAUAGUGUAUAGUAAGCAUAUGCUGUGCUGCAAAGGACAUUUUAAGUUGUGGAGGUUAACUCUACAAUAUCAAAAAAGUGGAGUGCCCUGAAACCAUAGCUCCAGUGCUGUUUAUCUUGAAUAUAGUAUCCGGAGCACUAGGUAUUAGCAACUGAGUAGGCUGUUUGGUGCUUUCAGCAGCUCAGUUAGCACCAUUUUAAACUUCUACACUAUUUUUCAGUGAAGUAACAGCUAACAGUGUAUAUGAUGUACUUGCCAUACCUCAGUGGUAGCUUCUGUGUUACAGUCAAUGUGUUCUGAAUUGUAUAUGUUAACCCAAUGAUGAGAUUAAAUACGCUUUAUAGUAUGUGCAAUGUAUUGAUUACAAGUAUGUUGGGGUUCAGUGAUCUAUUUAGUUUUUACUGUGAUGCUGUUUUGUAGGGGGAUGUGUGUAUGGGAGUAUGGAUUGUCUAUAAUGUACAAGGAAAUAAUUAAUCCUAAAGGAAAAGGGCAGUUAUGUAACCUGCCUUAAUGCAUUUGCAUAACCUUCUUUAGAUCCCAUGAUUAUCAGUUCUGAUUUCAGAUGUCAUUGGGGAUUCUCCAUAGGGCUGACUCCCUCACUUUUCAGCACUAAGGAGUUAAACUUGAAGUUACAUGGAGCUCACUUACAUAUCGGUAAAUAAAGAGGAGGAUGUUUGCCUAAUCAACUACCUUGAUUGUACAAGGUGGCGAAGACAUGAUUUCUAGUGUGUUACAGGUCAAAUCAUUUCUGUGCAAACACAGCUCCUGUGGAUCCUGGCAGGAAUUGAGAUCAUGUAAUUGACUGGCCUAAAGUUCAUCUCCUGGGAUACAAUCAUGAUAGGAGGGUGGUGGUACCCUGGCUUUGGGGAUGUCCCUAAAUGCUAUGCAAUACUGCUCAUGUCCUGUGAUGGAACAUAGCUGUGAAUUCGCAGGAAGAGCUUUGAACUCUGCUCCAGUCUAGGUUGGACUGUAAAAAUACUUAUGCAAAAGAUUAUAAAUGUCAGAGGCUGAGCAGCCUAGCCUGGCCUGCCCACAUACAGCAUUCUGCUUUCAGGAGCCAUGGCAGCUGUAAUUAAAGAAGUAAUAAUAAUGUCACAGUGGCUGGCAGGACCUAGUGCUCUAGUGAGGAAUCUAUAUUGCUCACAGGUAUGACCUCUCUACCAUUCCCACAAUCAAGUCUAGCUCUCCCUUCAUGGUUUCUGUCUGAGAUGCCUCUGCCUGAUCCCAAGGGUAAUUCUGAAAGACCUACUGAGCACAGAGAAGGUCUGCCUUGUGCCUGGCUGGUUGGACAGGACCAGGCAGAGUGUGCUUGCUCUACAGUACAUUUGGUGUUAGGUCAAUUUUGAGUCAGACCCACCUGAACAACUAUUGAGGGAAGGCCAAAGAUUUCAGACCCUCUUCUGUUAUCUCUGUUUUGUCUAGUUAAAAAGCAGCAUCUUCCAAUUUUUUUUCCUUUGCCUCUGCUCAGUGCUCCUUAUCUCACUUUCUGCAUGCGAAUCCCUUAAACUCUCAGCUGUGAGCUACACUGCUCAAAGUGAGUGUAGUAGGCUUGUCAUCCUCAGUAGACCAUAGCAAUCCACAAGUUCUUACAAGAUGUGAAGUACAGGGCUAAAAGGUGGCAGUGUUGCACAUCACAGAAUCAUAGAACCAUUCAGGUUGGAACAGACCCUUGGGAUCAGUGAGUCCAACCAUCCGAACAACCCUUAAACACAUCCGGGGAUGGUGACUCAACCACCUCCCUGGGCAGCCGAUUCCAGUGUCUAACCACUCUUUCUGUGAUUUUUUUUUCCUAAUGUCCAGUCUAAACCUCCCCUGGUGCAGCUUGAAACCAUUCCCUCUUGUUCUGUCACUAAUUACCUGUGAAAAGAGACCAGCACCAACCUCUCUACAAUGUCCUUUCAGGUAGUUGUAGAGACUGAUGAGGUAUCCCCUCAGCCUCCUCUUCCUCAAAAUAAACAUUCCCAGCUCCUUCAAGCAUUCUUCAUAAGAUUUUUUCUCUGUGCCCUUCACCAGUUUCGUUGUCCUCCUCUGUACUUGCUCCAGCACCUCGUUAUCUCCAUCCAGUGUCCCAGAAUAGCUUAUCUCCACACUCCAAGUUACAUACCUACGUCCUCUUAGAUGGGCUUCACCUUGGCUGGUAAGAAUUCAGUUAUAAACUUUCUCUGUCCAAAUUAGAAACAGAUUGGAUGAUAUGCCAAGGAAUAUCUCUUAAAAUAGAGGUAUGCUUAGACUUUUUUCCAUGUUUUCCUGCAAUGAGAUGAUAGGUACUAGGCUAUUCUCUCAGCUCUGGGUCCUACAAGAGUCAAUUUGAUCAGAUAAGAUUCCUUGAGUAGCUGGAAUCAGCUUUGCUGUGAAGCUGGGAUCCUGAAAGCAGAAUCCUGGGUUUAUGUGUAAUUAUUAUUAUUGAAAAUCAAAAUACAUGAUUAGAAAUAUAAUUUUUAAAAGAAAAUAAAGUUAUGUGUGGGCUUGCCAGUACAGUUGUUAAGUUUUUGACUGCCUCAGUAAUUGUUAGCUUUAGGAUUGUGUAGGUGAUGAUUAGGAUGUUACUGCCACAAUGCCUCCUGACACUGUUCAGGGUCUCUGUACAGAAGCCUUACUUCCCAGUGAGCAUUAAUGCAUUUGAAUGACUUUUCUCUGUUUUGGUGGGAAGGAUGAUUGUGUGGAGGACAUGGAGCUCCCUGUGUGUUGUGCCCACAAAGGUUCACAGAGCUGCACCUUCUCUUUUUAGGAUCUAUUCAAUGGUACUUCAAUAAAUGUUGUGUAAAAAAUGCCUACAGUUCUGUAUAGCAAAUGUGAAUUUUUAUGAAAAUAAUGUGUAUUUAAUGUAAAAAAAAAAAAAAAGAGUAAUAUAAAGUCCAUUUUCUUUGUAUCCAGUGAAACAUCUAAUAAA